AUGGGGAAGAGGGUUGUUUUGAGAUGUGUGGUUGGGAUUAAAAGGUCUUUUGGAGCAUUCUGGAGCAUAUACAAGGAGCAUGGAGGGACUUGGCACAUGGAAGCAGCUCAACUGGACACGCAAAGGAAGAAGGGAGAAGCCAUCUUGAAGACCAGCUCGACCGUCUACUCGACCAACCGGUCGAGUUCCUCAACUCGACCGGCCAAGCUUCAACUCGAUCGAGCUGGAAGUCAAAGUCAAACCCGAAAAAUGUUGCUUCCCCCUUGA